GAUCAGACGGGUGGUGUGUGUCAAAGAAUAGCAGGAUGUAGGCGGAGCCAAAAGCCUGGACUAAUUUCGGAUAGUUGAAUACGUUUUAGGUCACUGUCAAAUGCCAGUGAGACCAGAGGUUUUGUCUGAACUUUGGAAAUAAUCAGGGGAGGAUGCUGGUGGUGGAGGUUGCUAAUGGCCGCUGGCUGGUGUGGGGAGCUGAGGCCGUGCAGGCGCUGCGGGAGCGCCUGGGAGUCGGGGGCCGCACGGUGGGCGCCCUGCCCCGCGGGCCCCGCCAGAACUCGCGCCUGGGCCUCCCGCUUCUGCUGUUGCCGGAGGAAGCCCGGCUCCUAGCUGAGAUAGGCGCCGUGACGCUCGUCAGCGCCCCGCGCCCGGAUCCCCGCAACCAUGGCUUGGCCCUAGCAUCGUUCAAACGCCAGCAAGAGCAGAGUUUCCCGGAGCAAAGCACUUUGGCAGCCGAGGCCCGUGAGACCCGUCGUCAGGAGCUCCUAGAGAAGAUCGUAGAGGGCCAGGCUGCCAAGAAGCAGAAGCUGGAGCAGGAUUCAGGGGCGGAUGAAGGCCAAGAAGCCAGUGGGAGCGAAGCUACCCAAGGGAGUGAAACCAGUGAUGAUGGCCAGGCUGCUGCCGAGCAGGAGGGAGCAGACUCUUCAUCUCCCCAGCCAGGGCCUUCAAACGGGGUGACCCCCUUGCCCAGGUCAGCCCUGCUCAUCCAGCUGGCCACUGCCAGGCCUCGGCCGGUAAAGGCUAAGCCUCUGGACUGGCGCGUGCAGUCCAAAGACUGGCCCCGUGCUGGCCGCCCUGCCCACGAGCUGCGCUACAGCAUCUACCGAGACCUGUGGGAGAGAGGCUUCUUCCUCAGCGCAGCUGGGAAGUUCGGUGGUGACUUCCUGGUCUAUCCUGGUGACCCGCUGCGAUUCCACGCUCACUACAUUGCUCAGUGCUGGGCUGCUGAGGACCCCAUCCCACUUCAGGACCUGGUCUCUGCCGGCCGCCUGGGAACCAGUGUCAGAAAGACCCUGCUUCUCUGCUCCCCUCAGCCUGAUGGGAAGGUGGUCUACACCUCCCUACAGUGGGCUAGCCUGCAGUAAGCUGCAGACUGAGGGGGGUGUGGUUAUGUGUCCAAGAACCCUCCUAGAUGAUCAACUCCUCCUCCUCACCCCCCCAUCUUGCAUGGAGGCUUGUGUUCUCCCGCCUUGCCUGAUUCCAGAGUUUUGAACACUAAAUACUUUAUUACUUUAUUGUUUUUUUUCCUGUUUUAAGGCGCUUACUAGCUAUGUUGUUUUAUUUUUCUGUCUCCAAACUGUGAGCUUGUUCAGAGUUGAGACUGCUCUUCUGUUUGGCUCUUCUGUUUUCUAAAGGGCAGUUCUCAAUAAAUUUGUUGAAUAAA